UGUAUGUCAGCAAAGGGUUAAGUUUGUUCCCAGAUGAGGGAGGUACUUCUGGUAACAGGUCGGUACUUCCUGAUCUUCCAACUGCGCAACAACCAGCAGCAGCCAGACUAGACAGCUGGAGAACACUCGUUAGAUUUGUAUCAACACAAACAGUGUACAGGAGCAGGCAGGAUGGCUGUGACCAUGACCAAGGCUGAGGGCAUCACUGUGCUCACUUUGAGCUCUGAUCCCCAAAGUGUUUGUCCUCCUCUGUGCCAAAUCUUCAAAAGCCUUUGCUACAGCCCCGUGUGCUGCUCCGUGUCUCAGCACCUGAGGGGCGUCCAGAGAACUUCUCAGUCAGUACUGGGGUCUCUGCAGAUUAUGGUUGGGUUGCUCAACAUCGGCAUUGGAGCGAUCCUCUGUAGCAUGCACGGUGUUGGCAUGUAUAUGUUGAGGGACACCGCAUUUCCUUUUUGGUUGGGAGGAUUGUUUAUGUUGUUUGGCAUCGUUGGCAUUUUGUCUGAGAAGUACCCCAGUCCAUGUCUGGUCAUGAUCAACGUGAUUCUGAAUCUAGUCGGAGUUGCUUUUGCCAUCACAGCCAUCGUACUCUACAGCAUCAAUAUGGGAAACAUCGGCAUGUGGUAUAUGUGUAACAAUCGCUAUUCUGAUUACAAUUGGCGCUACGGAACCACAACUCCAUCUCCUGGGUCGGACAUCAUGAUGGAGAAAUGCUUGGAGGGCAAAGCUCUGAUCCUGAUGCUUGUAAGAAGCAUGAAUGCUCUGAUGAUUGUCCUGUCCGUCAUGGAGCUCUGCCUCGUCAUCAGCUCUGCCGUCUUGUCGAUCAAGGCUCUGAGGAGGAGGACAAGUGAGAACGGAGAAAACAAGAUUGGUGACUCAGAACUCUACACACCACUGCUGGAGACCAGUAACCCCACAGCCUAGAUACACAUCUGUGCUUUCUGCUCUGUUACCAUGUAAUAUAAUCCUGUGACGUAAUAUCAUUGACCUUAUGUACUGUAACGUCAGUGAUUUACUUAUAUUCAGCUAGGUACAGUGGCUGCCAAACUCCUUGCUCUUUUCCUACAAGGGUUGCUUAAAAUGAUUGCACUUUAGAGUAUUUUUGGUAAUACUUUCUAAUAAAUUGUAUAUGCUGCUGUCCAUUUCCUUCUAUGCUGAUGUUGUUUUUAUAAUAGUACCCGUUGAUUAUGAUUUUCUAUCUAAUAAUUUGCCUUAGGGUCAGCUUAGAGGUAAAAGGGUUUUUGUUUUCUAUUUUACAAUAUAAGUCAUGUUAAAACAAUAAAGGCAUCAAAACUGUUGACUGUUCAAAUCAAAA